AGCGCGGCGGCUUCAGGGCACCGCGCUCGUCUUCCGGGUCGCCCAUGGAGGAAUCCAAGGGGACUUUUAAGCACUCGGAAAAGUACAAGGCCAUGCAGGCCAAGUACGGCGCCGGCGGGGCGCGGGACAGGGAGCGCACGUCCCGGCGCGAGUCCCCGUCCGCGACGCCUCAGGCUGGUCGGUCAUCGAGAGCUGCCGGAACCGCGACGGCACACGCGCCAGGGGAGAAGAGCAGGCUCCUGGAGAAGAGAGACAGGCGGGGGAGCAGGGGUGCCAAGGGAGGUUCCAGGGGGGGGUUCAACUUCUGCAAGUUUUUGAUUUACGCCGUGAUAUUCGCUGCGCUGCUCGCGGGUGGUUGGCUACUGUACGUGAAGGUUCAGGAGAGCGGGACGCCGCAGUGGAAGGCUCCCGACGUGCAUGCGCCCGACUGGAAGUGGCCAAACUGGAAGGCCCCCGACUGGAAGGCCCCCGACUGGAAGGCUCCCAACAUCCACAUGCCGAGCUGGAGCUGGCCCAGCUUGCCGAGCUGGGGCGGAAAGACACCCGGACCGUCCCCAGCUCCCGAGCCGUCCCCGGCGCCGGCACCCAGCCCGCACAAGCCCGAGCACCACAAGCCCGAGCACCACGCGAAGGAGCACCACGCGAAGGAGCACCACGAGGAGGAGCACCACAAACCCGAGCACCACAAGAAGGAGCAUCAUCACGAGAUGACGAAGGAGGAGAAGGAGGAGUUUUGGUUCGACUCUCAUUCCGAGGAGUGGAAGGCGAACUACCUCGCGGCGCACAACGCAACCGGCGACAACUCCACCGCCGUGUUGGACAACUCCACGGCGGUGAACGGGACGGGUGUCAACGGCACCGUCGUCGUCAACGGCACCGUCGUCGUCAACGGCACUGCAGUUAACGGCACCGACGUCGAUGAAACCGAGACGAACGCCACGGUUCCGCCGCCCCCCGCGACGUCUCCCCCGCCGAGCAAGUCUCCCCCGCCGAGCAAGUCUCCGGCCGAGCCCGACGCGCCGCCACCGCCGGCCGAGCCCGACGCUCCACCAAAACCGGCGGCUACCCCGCCUCCGGAGUCCGCGACCCCGCCUCCACCGGGCGCGCCGCCUCCCGCUUCUCACUCCGCGUCGCGCGCUUCCUCCAAGGCGUCGUCCGCGAAUGCGGACUUGGCGCACAAGGACCACCACACGCACCACCACCAUCACGACGACGACGACGACGAAGAGGAGGUGAGGGUGACUAAGACGAAGGACGGGAAGAUGAAGGUGACGGUUGACGGUUUUGAGGAGAAGGAGGAUGAACCGGAGGUGAAGCUGGAGACGACCAGCCACCACACGAGCCAUCACCACUCUUCCCACACCAGGGAUGCUUCGACCGAGAAGUCGACAAACAAGGACGUCGAGGAGAUUUUGGUGGACGCGUCGGUGGUGGAGGAGGGGUUGAAGUCCGAAUUGCCGGUGGUAGAGGAGUCUCAUCACUCCUCUUCCUCGAGCCUCCAUAGUAGCCACCACCACCACCACACUGGCGAGGAUGGGGAGAAGGUUGUCGAGGUUGAGCCGGUUCAUCACCAUCACGACAUUGCCAGCCUGGGGGAGGCGGAGGAGUCCUCCCUCGGACUCAACUUCAUCGGUCUCUCCAAGCCAGAUGCGGAUUACGCCGACACUUUCGAGGCGGCGGCGAUGGCCCUGCGCGAAGGCACCGCCCCGAAGACCCAGUACGACGUCAAGAUGCAGAGCAUCGCGUCGGCAAUCGUCGCGCUCGAGGAUGAGCUUAAGGUGUCGAGCUACCAGCCCCUCCUAAGGGCGUUUAGCGCCGGGUCUGGCUCGGCCGGCGGGCUGGAGGUUAGCCGGCUGGGGAAGUCUCAGUCGAAGACACCGCUGCUCGACGAGUGGGUGGAGACGGCGCGGCGGAAACCGGACCGCGACGCGGAGCUCCGGAAGCUUCACGCCGCGUUCGGGACCGGACCCAAGGCGCGACGGGCGAUGAGGAUCAUGGUUCAUGACAUUCACCGAGCGCGGUGACUCGACAUCAUUCUUUUAGCUGUAAUAAUACGAGCAAGCCAAGACACUUCGAUGA